CCUGAAACUGGAGGAACCAAAGUUGAGACUGGAGAUAAAUACAGCAAAGUCCUCCAAGACACAAGACACAGAAAAGGAAACAGAAGAAUGUAUUCCAGAGCAGCAGCAGUGCUAUUCUCACUCGCUCUCGGCGCAGCACACGCACAGCGGACCACAUACACAGGCUGCCACAACCGAUCGGAGAGCAGCGGAGAGGUGGUCGAAUACUGCUUCUUAAACGGCGUGGAGACUGCUCGCGCCACGUACACCGCGUCUGGAACCGCGACAGUGCCCAUCUCUGUGCCUGCGAGCACCACCACAGCGGCAGCAGCACAGGUCACUGCAGUGACAGAUUGUCAUGCUCAUGCCACCGAAGUGCUCUGCGUCAAUGGAGCAGGUGAAGAGGUCAAGGUCGAUGUGACGCCGACGGGGGAAAUGCCUGCACAGUAUACGGAUUGUCACGAGCAUGGAAGUGAACAGUACGUGAUUUUUUCCUCUGCUCCUCUGAAUUUGUUUUUGUUCUUGUUUUCCCCUUGUCACAUUGCGCUGACACACACACCACUUUAGAUAUUGCGUCGAUCCCGAAGGCGAGGAAGUUGUAAUCCUUGCCGUGGGAGAGAGCACAACAUCGCCGGAAUCAUCGUCCCAUUGCCAUACGGAUAGUGAUGGAACAGAGCACUGCGAAGAAGCCGAAUCUGGAACCGCACCCUCCUCCAGCAACGAUGCGUCAUCCGCCACGGAUUGCCACGAGCAUGAUGGCGAGGGUGUGCGGUGCACAUAUCAAGGUGAGGAAUACCAGCUCGACCCCACCCCGACGGCUCCGAUUCCAGCGACGUAUACGGGCUGUCAUUCACACGAUACUUCCAUUCUCUGCCUCGACGCCUCCGGUGCGGAAUUUGCUCUGUUGGCUGUCAAUGCCGAAGCCAGUGAGGCAGAAGAAGAAGAAGAAGAAGCGAAUUGCCAUUUCCACGCAGGAGUGGAACACUGCACUGGAGGCAGCAGCGGCGAGAAAUCGUGCGGCUUGACGACACGAGAUUACGAUACCGGUCUACGCGUGGGGUCGCUGUUUAUCGUGCUGGUGACGAGUGGAAUUGGUGUCUACGCACCUAUGGUCUUGACCAAAAUCCCUGGCCUUAGGAACUCGGCGGUCAGCUUCGAUAUCUUGAUGAUUGUGAAGCAAUUCGGGACGGGAAUCAUCAUAGCCACAGCAUUCAUUCAUGUAUGUUCUCUUUUUCUUUUUCUUCUUCUUCUGUUUCAUUUCAUUCGAAUCUGUAGCUGACAGACUGCCAAUUUUUUUUAGUUAUACACUCAUGCAAAACUCAUGUUCUCCAACGAGUGCAUCGGCGAGCUCGACUACGAAGGCACAACCUCUGCGAUCGUGAUGGCAGGAAUUUUCAUCUGUUUCCUGAUCGAAUAUCUCGGAACUCGAUUCCUCGCUUCUCGACGCAGCGAUGCAAGCGAACUGCCUGCACAUCAGCAGCAUGUCCAUGCCAAGAGUGAUCAGUCUUCUUCUUCUCCUCCUCCUCCUGAUAGCACACGGGAGGACGAAUCCCGCGAUGCUUUCCGUGCCAUGGACCAUCACCACGGAGGAGCAAACAAUCAACUCUCGGUCGCAGUCAUGGAAGCCGGCAUCAUUUUCCACUCUGUCCUGAUCGGUUUGACGCUGGUAGUUGCUGGCGAUGCCUUCUAUCGCACCCUCCUCGUAGUGAUAGUUUUCCACCAAUUCUUCGAAGGACUGGCUCUGGGAGCCCGGAUCGCAUUACUCCCGGGGGCAAUUUUCCCCGCCAAAUUCUUCAUGGCAUUGGCAUUUGCGCUCAUCACGCCCGUGGGUAUGGCGAUUGGUAUUGGGGUGUUGAACACGUUCAAUGGGAACAAUCCUGCUACUGUCAUCACAUUUGGUACGCUCGAUGCGUUGUCGGCUGGUGUCCUGGUCUGGGUGGGCGUUGUGGACAUGUGGGCUCGCGAUUGGGUCAUUGAGGGUGGCGAGCUACUGACGAGUGGUGUUCGCAAGACAUUGGGAGCGGGAUGUGCUCUCGUUUGUGGCAUGAUCGUGAUGGGAGUGCUGGGAAAAUGGGCGUAGAUUGCAGCAUAUGUUGAUUCUCGACCAAGCCUCCAAUCGCCGAGAAUACGGGUUGCAUAGUAUUAAAGAUAUAAAGUAGAGGCCGAUGCUUCCCUAGGUAGAUACCUUACAUGUACCUUAGGUAGGUACUGAUGAUAAUGAAGUUAUGAGGUAUGACGCGACAUAGACAGCCACAUGACCUAUAUCAAGCGCAGACUACGCAUCCAGAGCGAAAUCUAUGCCUGGGCCGUUCCAGCAUUGUCAGCGCGGAGAAAAUCGUGAGGCCAUCCUUCGGUCUAUCACGAUCGUGGGAUCGAGAUUCUCGUGACAGACACAGCGGUGGUCGUCCUCCAUAGUGAACCCAUAACAGCUCAGUACUGACGUUCCCAUUGAAGCUGAUCUCUACCUAAGUAGGAUGAGGCAGAAUGCCGAGGUUUGCUUGUAUGUUGCUUGUCCCAGUAUCGACUCUCGCCACAGACAGUGGUGACCAAAGUUGACUUUGGGAAUCUCUCUGGCAUCCCGGGCAGAGUUGCAACGCUCGUAGGAGUGUUGUUCGAGGAUAUUUUCUGCAUAGCAACAUCUCAUAGACUAUGCAAGAUGCCUCAGCGCUGGAGGGAAUGUGGUGUUGCUGGGUUGACUUGCUGUUCCUUUUCAUGGCUCUUUAGUUUGACAUCUGGUGAUGGUGUCGCUGUAUCGGGACCUCUCAUCACGCAAGCGGCCAUAAAUGAAACGGUAAGGUCGAUGCUGACAGAGACUGGCGCGAGCAAGGGUGAUUUUGAGAAGCAAGUCCAACACCCGCAAACUCAGGUACCACACUAUUCUUCGCAAUCUCCCAUUUUCUCCUUCUUUCUCCCAUCGAAGAACAUCCAUCAUCCAUUACAAAUGUUGAAAUGACAAUCAAGCUUGUCUGUUCCUGUGGCCCCGAAGAUCGUACCACUUGCUCACGAUGUUCUUGUUAUGUUUGUGUGUCGAACCACGGUGAAAGCUAUGCACAGAUCUCGCAUCGGACUCAAAGACUUCGCCCUGGACAGAGACUUCAUCGGCCACAUGUCUUUCUGGAAGUCUGGCCAUCGGACGGACCAGCUCGUAGCGGAUAUCUUCUGGGUUCGCGGGGCUCUCCGUUUGGAUGCUCAAUCCUGAGCCAACAACAUAAUGAGUGCUGAGUCCCUCUUCCUGGCUCAUGUAUUUCCGAAGCCACUUCCUCAUUCGUUUCAGACGACGUCGCAUGAUUUCCAAUGCAAUGAGAGCGCAGAACAGCAGAACGAAGAGUGCAAUGCAGACACCGAUGGCUGUGUUGCGGACUGUCGCCUCCUCGAUGCUGAAAUCAUAUGUGGCAGCGGUGCUGGUCGCUGCAGCGGUGGCGCUAGUGGCCGAUGAGGAAAUGUGCGUGGUGUUCGACAUGAUUUCUAUCGCUUUCUCCCCAAGUACAGUAUGUAUAAGGCUCUCCUAUCGAAGAGUGUGGGAAUGAUUGUGAAUAAUAAAAGCAGCCACCGAAAGCGAAUGUAGUCCAAACUAGUCACCAGACCAUGGAAGCAGUUCCCAGAGCGGACGACGCUCGAACAUAUACAAGCGUCCAUUCUGACCGAUCGCUGCGGCGCAGAGAUGUGUAACAUGCUAAAACCGGGAAGUUCUCAGGCUGAUGGAUUCGGUGAACCGUAGACGACGAGUAGCCGCCCAUCUCGGAGAUGCAGGGAGUGACAUGGUUGACAGCGAUGCCGAGCGGCAAAUAGUCGCAGCGAUUCGCAGGCUGUGCUCUGUUUUCAAUGGGCCGACCUUGAACUAGUUUAGUUGACUUGGCGCAGGAUGCAGUCUUUUCCUCAGGCCAUCGGGAACGGUAUCUCCAAGACACAAGACUCUCUUCUCAGUAC